AUGAUGUUAUCUUUGAUAUCCUUUGAUAUCCUCUCCAGGAUCCCGGUCAAGUCCCUCUGCCGGUUCCGAUGCGUCUCCAAAGAGUUGUACGCCCUCAUAGCCGACCCUUGGUUCCUCGCAGCGCACAAGUCUCGCACCGAGCCGCUCCUCAUUGUCGGCUCCCGUCAGGACAGUUCCCUGCGACUAAUUGACAUGGAUGGCAGCGUGGUGAAAGUGAUUGGUGACGUGGGUUCUGUUUGUGAGCUUAUAUGCACAAGCCGUGAUAACCUCGCAUGUGUGAUGACCCAUACUGGAGAUGUUAAAGUGAUCGACCUUGCAAAUGGAGAGGUUCUUGUGACUUUGCAAUGGAAAGAUGGCCUUUGGGGUUUCGGCCACACUAUCCCAUCCAAUGUCUACAAGGUGGUCUACAUCAAUGGUGACACAUAUGAGAUCCUCACGGUAGGAGAUAGUGCGGGGUGGAGAAAAAUGCAGUUGCCUCCAACUAGCAAUAUUUCCUAUUGUACCAUCCCCGUCGUGGUAAAUGGUGUGCUGCAUCUGAUGCUAACAUCACAAUUUGAUGGAAACAGUGUACUCUCCUUUAACCUUGCGAAUGAGGAGUGGAAUAAGGGGAUCAAAUGCCCACCAAGUGUAGACCUUCAGAAGUGUGACCCAGAGUUGAGAGAGCUCAACAACUCCCUGUGUAUGGUUCAACCGGUGUUUCAGGGCUACGAUCGAUGGACAGACAUAUGGCUCCUCACAAAUCCUGACAAGAGCACAUGGGUUAAGAUAUACGCGAUACCUUUGGAUUCAUCCUCGUUUAGUCGGUUGAUACCUUUGAGGUUGUCAUGUGAUGAUAGGAAGCUGCUCUUUUGCGACACUCGUGAGAGCACAAACAUAUCGAAGGCGCAAAUCUAUGAUUCCUCCCGCUGGAGAUGCGGAGAUGCACCAAAGGCACUGGACGGUGCCCAUGAUACCAAUUUUAGUCGUUGCAGCUUGCACUUAGAGAGUUUUGUCUUGGGCAAGAGCUAG